AUGGAAACUCCCAAUAUUUCUAGCUCCUCCUUCCUCUGGUAUUUCAUUCGUUUCCUUGUACUUGUCUGCCUAAUUCUCUGCUCUUUGGAGACAUGCUUUACCUUGGAAGAAAGAGAUGUAAAAAGCCACCUUGGUCUUGAAUAUAGUCAUACAGUUCAAGUCAAGUCUCUGCUACCAGCAACCACUUGCAGCCCCUCCACCGAAGGUCAUGACAAGAAGGCAUCAGUACUUAAAGUGGUACACAAGCAUGGCCCUUGCUCCCACUUCUACCAAUCACACAAAGAAAAUGCUCCCACUCACACUGAAAUCCUCGAGCAAGACCAAGCCCGAGUGAAUUCAAUCCACUCUCGGCGUAAUCCCAAGAAAGCAAUUGACCGCCGUGGCCAAAGACAGUGGGACGGCGUCACUGUCCCGGCCUUGUCCGGGAGUACAGUGGGUGGGGGCAACUACAUUGUGACGGUGGGCCUAGGCACACCUAAGAAACAACUUUCAGUCACAUUUGACACAGGAAGCGACCUCACUUGGACUCAAUGUCGGCCCUGCGUUAGGCCUUGCUACAAACAAGUGGACCCCAUCUUUGACCCUUCAGUCUCCAGUUCAUAUGCUAACGUGUCUUGCACUUCUAUGGAGUGCUCUAAACUCAAAUCUGGUACGGGCUGUGCACCCAGUUGUGCAACAUCCACAUGCGUAUACGCCGCAGCAUACGGAGACGGCUCCAUCUCCGCCGGAUUCUUCGCCAAAGAAACCAUUACUUUAACUUCGACGGAUGUGUUCAACGGGUUCCUCUUUGGCUGCGGCGAAAACAACCAAGGCCUCUUUCGUGGCUCUGCGGGGUUGCUUGGCCUUGGUCGCGACAGUAUUUCCUUUGUGGAACAAACUGCGGCCAAAUACGGCCGCUUUUUCUCCUAUUGUCUACCCUCCACCUCAAGCUCCACCGGUUUCCUUAGCUUUGGCAAAGAGAAAAGCCGCCGAGCUUCCAAGGGAGUGAAGUACACGCCGCUCGCCACCCUCCCACAAAAGGAGUACUCAUCGUUAUAUGGCAUUAACCUGGUUGGUAUAACUGUGGGCGGACGUAAGUUACCCAUUUCAACUUCAGUUUUUAAAACUUCCGGGACAAUAAUUGACUCGGGUACGGUCAUAACACGGCUGCCACCACAGGCGUACAGCGCUUUGCGGCAUGCAUUUCAGCAAGGGAUGAAAAGCUACCCGAGAGCUCCGGCAUUUUCAAUAUUGGAUACAUGCUAUGACUUUAGUAGUUAUGGGACAGUUAAUAUUCCGAAAAUAGCAAUUUCUUUUAAGGGUGGAUUGACGUUGGAUUUGGAUGGUACUGGCAUAAUAUAUCCGGUGACUGCUUCCCAAGCUUGUUUGGCUUUUAGUGCAAAUGAGAAUGACAGUGACAUUGCCGUAUUUGGGAAUGUUCAGCAGCUGAAAUUGGAGGUGGUGUAUGACGUUGCUAAAGGGAAGCUUGGAUUUGCCUCUGGAGGUUGCCUCUGA